AACAAAACAGAAGAGUUUAAAGGGCAAACUCAGAAGGAAACGAAGAAAACAAAACCAAAAAAAAAAGAAAAGAAGAAAAGUUUGGUUUUCCUUGCAAAUUUCAAAGAAGUCUGGUUUUCCUUCAAUUUGAUUCUCUGAUUCCCUUAGUUGGGAUCAGAGGAUCAUUUUGUCGUUGGUCCCUCAAAGUCUACAUUCAAAGCCAAAAUAAAUAAAUAAGUAAAUAAAUAAAUAAAAAUCAUAGCCAUGCAAUAAAUAUUCUGGUUUCAAGUUGAAGACUUUAUAAGGAGGAGAAGAAGAAGGUAGUGGUAUCAAUGAUACAAUAAAGAAGAAGAGGAAGGCUUUGGUUUGUUUUUUUCUUUGAAUGAUUCUAAGAAAUGGAAGCUAAAAUGGAAGGUUGGUUAUAUACUAUACGUUCCAAUCGUUUUGGCUUACAAUUCUCACGCAAACGUUACUUCAUUCUUCAUAACAAUGUUCUCAAGAGCUAUAAAGCAAUCCCCAUUUCUGAUAAAGAGGAGCCUGUUAGAAGUGCAAUGAUAGAUUCAUGCAUUCGGGUUACAGACGAUGGAAGGGAGAGCAUUCACAAAAAGGUCUUCUUCAUUUUCACCCUUCACAGUACUUUAGAUCAUAAUGAUCAGCUUAAGUUCGGAGCAAGGAGUUCAGAGGAAGCAGCAAUAUGGAUCCGUUGCUUGAAGGAUGCUGCAUUAAAGGAGUCUCGAGGUCAAGCAAAGAAUUUUGUAGCUUUUCCUAAGAAGAGAUGGCCAUCUCUGAGACUGGGUAGUGCAAAAACAGCACAAAUCAAGAACUUUGUUGAUUGGCCAUUUCGCUCAUCUGUUCAUGCAGAGGCAAUGACAUCUGAUGUUAUUGCACCCUCACCUUGGAAGAUAUUUGGUUGUCAGAAUGGGUUACGACUUUUCAAAGAAGCAAAAGAUGGGGAUUCGCGUGGAGGGCAUUGGGAUGAUCAUCCGGCAAUAAUGGCUGUUGGUGUGGUUGAUGGGACCUCAGAGACCAUUUUCCGUGCGGUCAUGUCUCUUGGUCCUGCAAGAUCAGAAUGGGACUUCUGCCUCUAUCGUGGCAGUGUGGUUGAGCACCUUGAUGGUCAUACAGAUAUCAUUCACAAGCAGUUAUAUAGUGAUUGGCUACCUUGGGGAAUGAAACGAAGAGAUUUACUGCUUCAACGCUAUUGGAGAAGAGAGGAUGAUGGGACUUAUGUGAUUCUGUACCACUCUGUGUUUCACAAGAAGUGUCUACCCCAAAGUGGCUAUGUCCGUGCUCGCCUUAAAAGUGGAGGAUAUGUUAUCACUCCCGUGAACCAGGGAAAACAGUCACUUGUGAAACACAUGCUUGCUAUUGAUUGGAGGUUCUGGAAAUUAUAUCUCCGUCCAUCAGCUGCUAGGUCCUUAACAAUUCGUAUGCUUGAGAGAGUUGCUGCCUUAAGGGAGCUGCUCAAAGCUAAACAAGGAAAUUAUUCUUCUGAAUGCUUUGCUGGAGAGAGGCGAAGGGAUAUAGACUUGCAUCAAAUUGAAAGAGAGGAUUUUAAGAUGGAAAUUCAAAGUCCCAAAGAGAUAAUAAAGAUCGAGGAGGAUGUUUUAAUUGAAAAUGAGGUGGAAAAACAAGCAUCUGGUCGUAUAAGUCUAAUGAGCCUGAACGAAGCACCUGAUGAGUUCUUUGAUGUUCCAGAAGCAUCUGAGUUCACAGAUUAUGAUCCCUUGGAGAGUGAGUGGCCUCCUGAACCAAGUUCAGAACUGCGUCCCCCGAACAUACAACAGCCGAAAUUAACAUCAGCAGCUGGUUUAGUGAGAAAGUUGCAUGAUCUUGCAAUUCAAAAGAAGGGUUACAUGGACUUACAAGAGGUGGCUAGGGAAGACAGCAUAAUGUGCUCCUAUGGAACCUCUCUCCAAAAGGACCCAACCUGUACUUUACCUUGCAGUUGGUCUGCAGGCGAUCCUUCUGCGUUUUUGAUACGUGGUAAAAAUUAUCUGAAAGACCACCAAAAGAUCAAGGCAAAAGGAACAUUGAUGCAAAUGGUAGGGGCUGACUGGCUCAUAUCUGACAAACGAGAAGAUGAUCUGGGCAGCCGACUUGGUGGUAUUGUUCAGAAAUAUGCAGCACGAGGUGGGCCAGAAUUUUUCUUUAUUGUUAAUAUGCAGAUUCCAGGAGCACCUAUGUAUACCCUAGCAAUGUAUUACAUGAUAAAAACUCCUUUGGAAGAUCACCCUCUGCUAUACAACUUCGUAAAUGGAGAUGAUGCCUAUAGGAACUCAAGAUUUAAGCUGAUACCUUACAUUUCUAAGGGAUCAUGGAUAGUCAAGCAAAGUGUUGGAAAGAAAGCAUGCUUAAUAGGACAUUCUCUUGAGAUUCAUUAUUUUCGUGGGCAAAAUUACUUGGAGGUUGAAGUUGAUGUUGGGUCCUCAACAGUGGCACGGGGUGUAUCUAAUCUUGUUCUCGGAUAUCUGAACAAUUUGGUCAUAGAAUUGGCAUUUGUGAUACAGGGUAAUACACAGGAGGAGCUCCCUGAAACCCUUCUGGGGACAUGCCGGCUUAAUCGUCUUGAUUUGUCGAAAGCACCUCUAGCAAUGCCAUGA